AUGAUUGGUUUCGUGUACAAUAUAGUGUGUAUGAUUCGUUGUAGAAGUCGAGAUGUGGUAGAGGAAGAAGAUGCAUACGUCGUUGGUUCAGGUACGUACUGUGGAGGUGGAACCGCGGAAAUGGUAAAGUUAGCGGCCUGCAAGCUACUGUAUUUUUCUUAUCGUUGCCAGUUUGAACCACUGAGGAACGGUUCAACAACCGAUAUCGGGUGGGGGUGCACGAUUCGUGCGGGUCAAAUGAUGCUCGCCCACGCUUUAAUGCGUUACAAGAACGGUGGCGGUGCUUCAUUUGAGGAUAGUAUUGUUCCUUCCCUAAAGCAAGCAACUCAGCACCUUUUCCAUGAUGAUCCUUCGGCACCCUUUGGUAUACAUGCCAUAACAAAUAAGGGAGUACAGCACGGCGCCCCUUGUGGUAGCUGGUUUGGUCCCACCCACGUGGCGGUAGUUAUGGGGGCCCUAAUGGAGGAUUAUCUUAGAAAUGGUGGCCAAGGCCCGGACGUGCUUGUUCUUCGUGACCGACAAGUGAUGGAAGAUGAGGUGAGGAAGAUACUCCUCCUUUCCAAACACGUGCUGUUGCUUAUACCCGUGAUGCUGGGACCUCAUCAUAUUUCUGAGGGGUACGCCAAGUUGCUGAAGCGUUGCCUUCGAAUGGAAAGCACUGUGGGUGCAGUUGGAGGGAAAGAAGGCUCUGCUUUCUUUUUCAUGGGCUAUCAGGGGGGAAAUCUCAUUGUCUUAGAUCCUCAUUAUGCGCAAAGCGCUUUUACGUGUUCCGAUACUCAAGGGAAGAUCUCAGGUGAAUGGUACACGUUGCCGCUGACCAGCUGUAGCACAUCAGUGCUGCUUGGGUUUUAUAUUCAUUCUCCCGACAGUUUUAGCCAAUUCACGGGCGAUAUCAAAGACGCAAACUCGUCAUUAAUAUUCCCCCUUAUUGAAGUCACUACGAGUGAUUGCGUGGGUCACAUCUUUAAUGAGGAUGACCCCGACGUUUGUUCGCUCGUGUCGUUUGGAGACGAGGAGUCUUCUGGAGCAUCCCAACCGGUUACCUAG